CGGCACGCCAUAUUACAGCAACACACGCCACGGAAGCGUUGCUAUCGCAAGGUCGUGUCCCCGACUGCGGGUUGAGGGAUUCGUUUAACGAGCAAAAAUGAUGAAUAUCACCGGUCGUUUUGGGGCUUUUGUCCCAAUGUUGCAAUCCGUCAAACGUGUGGUGCCAACUGCAGCUAAGGACUUGCUACCACAUACAGCUCCUGGAUGUAUCCGCCUCGCCCACACAGACAUCAAGAUCCCCGACUUCACUGAUUACCGUCGUGCCGAGGUGACUGACCCCAACAAGUCCUCCCAGGACAGCAGCGAAAGCAGGCGGACCUUCUCCUACCUGGUCACCGGGGCGACCACCGUAGUCAGCGUCUACGCAGCCAAGACGGUGGUCACCCAGUUCGUCUCCUCCAUGAGCGCCUCGGCUGACGUCUUGGCCGUGUCCAAAAUCGAGGUCAAGCUGAGUGACAUCCCCGAGGGCAAAAACAUGACCUUCAAGUGGAGAGGCAAACCCCUGUUUGUUCGCCACCGCACGGAAAAGGAGAUCGCGACGGAGGAGGGCGUGAACCUCUCAGAGCUCCGCGAUCCCCAGCAUGACAAGGAUCGAGUGCAAAACCCCAAGUGGGUUAUCGUUCUGGGUGUGUGCACCCAUCUGGGUUGUGUGCCAAUCUCCAACGCCGGCGACUUCGGAGGCUACUACUGUCCUUGCCAUGGAUCCCACUACGACGCUUCCGGAAGAAUUAGAAAGGGGCCGGCUCCUCUCAACCUGGAAGUUCCCUACUACGAGUUCGCUGAUGACGACAUCGUAAUCGUGGGAUAAAUAUUAGCCUCCUAUCGCGGGUCUAUCUAUUCUCUCCUGUAAUAUGCUUUCGAAGAUGGCACUCUGUACAAGUUAGAGGUAAAAGGUGAUUUAUUUAAUUAACAAUAAAGACCUGUUUCCUACAGAA